GGAAUCGCCACCUUUGGUUCAAGCUUUGCGACAUGGCGGCUUCGUUUGCCCCCGCUGGUUCGUGCCAUGGCGGACUCGGAGGCGCUGGUCCGUUCGAUGCCGCCGUUGAAGCGGGCGCCCGGCGUACUGGGCACGGGCGCUGCCCCCCCACUACCCCACUUUGGCGCAGCGAGCGCGCUGCGCUCGGAGCUGCAAGCCUUGCGGACGGCCGAGGGCAGGUUGGAUGCCUUGCUGGAUGGAGAGCCUCGAGAGACUGUGGAGAGAGCGCCGGUCCUUCAUCUUCAAAGGCCAGCGGCCUGUGCUGUGCCACAGGUGGCAGCUGCGAAGGUCGCCUCACCUCCAGAAGCGACGAGACUUGCCCGAUCUGAUGCCGGCGCACGCGCCGGGCCACCUAUCUUUCCCCAUCGAGGGCCAGUGCCACAAGUUGCUCAUCAGGUCACAGCGGCUGCAGUUUCCACGCCAGGAGCCUUUGUUUUCGACUUGUCACUUGAUCGAUACUUUGCGGCCUGGUGCGCUGCGUGUGCUGAGAUGCGGGCAUACUGGCGCCAGCGUCGCAACGACAAUUCCAGAAAGUGGUUGGGAACUCGCUCAAGUGCCCUCGCACUCUGGAGCUUUUUCUGUUCCCUAAGAUGUCAUGUGGAUCAGCCAUUGCAACGGCCAAGCCGUGGCAUUCGCGUCCGCGAAAAGCAGACCCAUUUCUCAGGCACCUUUUUCUCCUGCAGUGACCGCGGCAUUUGUAAGAUUCUCCUUGAUGGAGAUCGGGAGGUUUGCUUCCGAGCCGCCGAGGCCCUUUGGGAGAUCGUCGCUUUACCUCAUCCCUUCCUCGCCGGCCUGGCUUUUCUUGCUUGGACUCUGUCUCAUGCGCAGGACGAAGAUUUGAAGAUCGAUGGGCUGCGCACUGCCUUGAUGUUCAACCAGGUCAUGGGGAAGUCGUCAGGUAAACUCACGAUGCUGGCGGUGAUGCAAGAAGAGGCAGCCAAAGGCCUGAAGUUCUGUUUCGGUGCUUGGAAAAAGGCGAUGAAGAGCAAAUCUCUGAAGAAGUUCACGUUAAAUCGACAAAGGGAGCUUUUCCGAGCGUGGCUGGAGAUCCUUCUCAUGGAGAAGCAUGACAGGGCGAUUGAGACCCUAGACUCCACGCGGUCCCGGUUAAGCAAAGCUGGGCAGCUGCGAGUGAAGAGGAAUGAGCAAUGCCUGCGAAUCAAAGUGAAGCUGGAGAAGAUGCACUUCCUCCGGUUGGGCUUCUUCAAUCGUUUGAUCCUGCAGUCCUGGCAGAUGCUUUGCAUCUAUCGACGCGCGCAAGAAGAGGGCAAGAAAUCCGCACGCCAGAAGUUGGCACUUUCAUCCCUGCAACUCUCAGAGGUAAUGUCGAAGAAGACCACGGCCUCCAUCAUGCCUCACUUCCAGGCCUGGGUGGCACGAGCACGACAUGCUAAGAGGUUGACCAAGGCCGCGGAGGGAACCAUCGCGACCAUGUUAGGAGGCUCGCUCUCCGUGGUGUUUCGGGCUUGGAAGAUGAUGAAGAUGAGCGACUAUCAGAAGGUAGCUGCACAGCUACAGAGUCGCGAGCGGGAAUUCAAUGAGCUGUCAGAGAUCUCCCGCUCCUUUUUUGCUUUCUCUCAGGAGACGGCGGAACGGCUCAAACACAUGGAGGCCGCGUUGCAGGCGGCUGACCGAGCGCUGCAAAUUGGAGCCGCGCGGGGGGACUCCCUGGAAGUGGAGAUCUCGGCACUGCAUGGCGCGCUCGGACGACAAGCGCAGGAUGCCGAAUCCAGGGGGUUGACGUUGAAAGAAGACCUGGAGCGGAAAGGUGCAGAAGACAUGCAGGCGCUUUUAGACCAAACCGCCAAAGUGAAGGCAGAGCUACAGGCCAGUAAAGAGAUGGAAGACCGGUUGCAAGGCCUUUGGCACAGCAUGUCUGAGUGCCACGAUCCUGCACAAGUCCUUGCAAUGUGGAAUCGUGAUGGCAUUCUGACCAGCGCACCAUCCGAGCAGCAAAAGAGCUUUGGUUCUGGUUUGUGCGGUCUUUUUUCGUGGGUGAAGGUGCAGGGAAGGAGAUAG